GCGGCGGCACUGUUUGCAGGGGCGCUUCACAGCAGCUGAAACGUGCUGCGCUCAGAGGGGGUGUUUUUUCAUAGCACCCUGGGAGCGAAAGUUGCCGCUCUGUAGAUUGCGGGGGUAGAUAAGCCGCAGACGCCUGCAGCGGAUUGGCCCCUCCUAGACCGCGGGGCCAGGAGGAGGGAGACGAGCAGCGGGUGGGGCGGUGUCAGCUCGGCCGGGAGCGGAGACCGCUGGGCUGUUGCGUAGCCCUCUGGAAGAUCCUGCGGCGGUGGCGGCGGCGGAUAUAGGAGGAAACAUGAACGGGAACAAAACAAAUUGGGUCCUGCUCACUGGCUUCAUUAUUCUGGCUGUGUUUUGCAGUUCUGGAUAUAUGCUGAAGUGUUACAACUGUCCACUUACUGCUGUGCCAUGUAAGACCAAUGUUACCUGCCCAAGUGACACUGAUUCUUGCCUAUGGCUUAAAGUUGGUGAAAGCACGCUCUCUGGUUGCUAUAAAUAUUCCAACUGCGACAUGAACCAAAUUAAAGAGAAAUACAAGGUUGACAACUUCAAUUUCAAAUGUUGCCAAAAAGAUCUGUGUAACAGGAGUCAAACCACAAUGAUUAGUACAGCAGUCAUCAGCAUUGCUACCAUGAUGACCAUGAUCUGGAUACUCUGCUUUUAAGAUGGAGGGGGAAAAAAGAUAAUUUUUUUCUUAUAUACCUACUGAUUUAUAAAUCGUACAUAUAAACAUGCUGUCUAUUGUAUACAAUUUUUGUGCCUGAACAGUGGUUUGAGAAAGCAGACUUAGAAAAAAAAACCACCUUCUUUUUUUUUUUUUGUAAAAGCUGUAUGUUAAAAAUAUAGGGAAAGUACAUCUGCGGUGGUAGAUAACUGCAGAUUCUUGAUGGAAGUUUAAUUGUGUUAACUGGAGUAAAUUCUUUCCCUUGUUUACAGUGAGUUUCAUAUCUCUGACCUAAUUUAAGUUUGUCCUCUGCACUCCAGUUGUGGCAAUGUUACAUAGCCUUCCACAGGUAUAAGCAAUUUUUUAAAGUCAGACUAUUGUUUGUGAAAGUGUUAGGAGUUGUCUUGCCCCAGCAGCUUUUCCUUUAUUUUCUUAUGUAAUUGUUUCUGCUUGAAAAUAUGUUUAACAAAUGCACCUAACUCCCCGUAUAAGUGUUAUACAAAAAAGCAACCAUGACCUGAUACCUGCCAAAAUUGUAUUAUGGGUACUGCUUUGUGGCUAAUGCAUUGCAUGCUUAUACAUGAAAUGACUCUUGACAGUCUGGUUUGGUUUUUGUGUGUAAAGUGUAGUGACUCAGACUGGGGUGAUAUGUGCAGUCCUUCACUCAUUCCUGGAGAACUUCUGUAGUAGCUACUCCUCUUCCUCCUUUCUUAGAACUAAUGUAAAUAAACUGAGGGGCAUGUUCCUACUUCACUUAGAGAAGGGAUAAAGUGAAUUACCACUGUCUCUUUUUUUCUUUUUUUUUAAUCAUUGAGAUCUUUAAUCUGCAGUAGCUAGAGUCUCCAGUGCUGAGCACUACCCUUUAUCUUGGUGACUGUCUUUGGACAGAUUGUAAAGGCGCCAUGCUUUUCCUUACGGAGGGCAAGUUUUGUGUUUUUUUUCCUUCAAAAUGAUUUCUCCACUUACAGAAUAGUUUAACUGCAGUGAUCAUUCACCCUCAGCAGUAAUGUGGGAUGAUAAUAAAAUAUGAGCUGUGGCUGGUUUAUUUACC